ACCAUAUGUAUGCCACACCUGUGGGAAAAGAUCAUCAUAAAUCCGUACUCAAGGCCCAUAAAAGACUCCCAUAGUGAUGAGAAACCCUUUUCUUGUGAACUAUGUGGAAAAGAAUUCAGAUAUAAUAGUGAUUUAAAAGCCCACAUGAAAGUUCACACUGGGGAAAGGCCGUAUUCCUGCACCACCUGUGGGAAAACGUUCUCUCGGCCAUCAUCUUUGAAGUAUCAUUUAAGAAUUCAUAGUGGGGAGAAGCCAUAUUCCUGCAUCACUUGUGGGAAAACAUUCACUCAGUCAUCACAUUUAAAGGCUCAUAUAAGAAUUCAUAGUGGGGAGAAGCCAUUUUCCUGCAUCACCUGCGGGAAAACAUUCACUCAGAAAUCACAAUUGAAGUGUCAUACAUCAACCCACACAGGGGAAAGGCCGUAUUCUUGCAACACUUGUGGGAAAACAUUCACUUGGACAACAGUGUUGAAGCGUCAUAUUAGAAUCCACAGUGGGGAGAAGCCAUAUUCUUGUAGCACCUGUGGGAAAACAUUCUCUCGGCCAUCAAAUUUGAAGUAUCAUUUAAGAAUUCAUAGUCGGAAGAAGCCAUAUUCUUGUAGCACCUGAGAGAAAACAUUCACUUGGACAGCAGUAUUGAAGCGUCAUAUAAGAACCCACAAGGGGGAGACGUCUUAAAGUAAAUAUUUGGAGCAAUUAAGAUUUAAAAAGGCGUUGAAGCCUUCUAUAAGAACGGAACAUAAAUGCUGCAUUUGAGAGAAAAGUCUUUUGUCACUUGUUCGCUAGUGCACUUUAUUUUUUUUAUUUUUUUUAUUAAACUUUG